GCCAUGGAUACAGCAGAUCAACUCAACAUGACUCAAGCGGAAGAGUCACAACUUGUUGUUAAAUCUUCCAACUGCUGCUCAACUACAGGCACAAUAAGUGAUGAGAACCUUUUAAAGCUGGACGACAGCACAAAGCUGGUUGGAGUUCAAGUGAUUCUCAUCCUUGCUUACAGCACAAUCAUAUUGUUCGGAGUCAUUGGAAACUCCUUGGUGAUAUACGUCGUCUUCAAGUUUAAAAAUCUACGGACUGUGACCAACUUCUUUAUUGUGAACUUAGCUGUGGCAGACUUGCUGGUGAACACGCUGUGUUUGCCUUUCACCCUCAUCUACACUCUCUAUGGCGAGUGGAAGUUUGGUCAGGUGCUGUGCUUCAUGCUGCCCUGCGCUCAAGGCAUGGCCGUGCACGUGUCCACCCUCACCUUGAACAUCAUCGCCCUGGACCGCCACAGGAGCAUCAUCUACCACACGGAGACCAAGAUGUCCAAAGACAUGUGCGCUGUGGUCAUUGUCAUCACGUGGGCCGUCAGCGCCCUGUUGGCCAGCCCGCUCGCCAUCUUCAGGGAGUACGGGACAUUUGAUCUUUCGCCAGAUGAAUCUAUUCAGGUGUGUACAGAGAAGUGGCCGGGAAGCAGCAUGAACGGAAGCAUCUACAGUAUAUCGAUGCUUCUGGUUCAAUAUGGCUUACCCCUGGCUAUAAACUCUGUUGCUUACAUCCGCAUCUGGAAUAAACUGAAGAAUCACAUGAGUCACGGAGGUCGAAAUGACCGCCAUCAGCGCAGGAAGAAGACCACUAAGAUGCUGCUGACCAUGGUGGUGGUCUUUGCUGUCAGCUGGCUGCCUUUCCAUGCGUUCCAGUUGGCUGUUGACAUCGACAGCACUGUGCUUUAUAUGAAGGACUUCAAGCUGCUUUUCACUGUGUUCCACAUCGUGGCAAUGUGCUCGACGUUUGUCAACCCCAUCCUGUACGGGUGGAUGAACAACAACUACAGGUCGGCCUUCUUGUCUGUGUGUAAGUGUUAUAGGCCGUUCAGUCUGAGGUCAAGAUGCUCCAAAGGCAGAGACACACUAAAAAGUGAAGAAGGGAAGGUCUGCACGGACUGCAAAUCAACAAAGGUGUAAGGUGCACAAAGGAAAUUCAUUAAUAAUCACCUGUGGACAUGUGAAGUCUGUAUUUGGUUUUGUGGGGGCAUUUCUUUUCUAACAAUGAGGGAAGAUGAAAAACAUUUAUGGGUUGGAGAAAUUUAACAUAAAAAAAAGGGGCUUCAAUUUAAAAAUAAUUGAAUUACCUUCACUACAUAAAGCUGAGUCAUACAAGCUCUAAUUCCAAACAAUAGCGCUCGUCAACUCAAGUGUUUGAGAGUCAAACGAUGAUAGACAUUCCUCUUUGUUGGUGCAGAUUGUCUAUGUUUGACAUUGGCAUGGAUUUUUGAGAAGACUGCUCUUGACGUUUAAUGAUUUGAAUCUGAAAUUUAAACAGAUGACUAAGACUUUGGCGCUCGGUCAAUUGCGAUGAUAAGGACCCUUUUUAGAAACUAUAUGAAAAUUAUUGGGGUGGGCAAGUGGGCUGACUGUUACAUUCUCGUAAUACUCCCAAUAAUUCAGAAUAUAAAAUCUAUGGCAGACCACAAGAUUGUGAAAAUACAGCCACUCUAAUUCUGAAUAAAGUACUUCUGAACAUUUAGGCCAUGACAACCACAGAACGAGUGAACAAGGCCCAGAUAGAGUCUCGUAUGAUGUAUAAUUCUGGGAUGAGAAAAAGCUGGAACACCAAAACAAGUUCAGGCUGCACCUUAGUAAAAAUGUAUAAAAAUAAAACAGGAAAAAUGUUCAUAUCCAAACCAAACUGAGUUGUUUUUUUAUUGCUGACAAAUGUUACUAACUUACGUUCAUUAUAAUAUGAUCCACCUUUGUCGCAGUAUUUGUAAAUUCAUUGUCUUACUUAAGGAUUAAAGUCCUUCUCUGUGAGAUGUUUGCAUUAUUUUGCUUCUCCUCUCAAAACUCCUGUCAAAGCCAGCACUGCACUGGGCUUAUACAUGUAACUGCAAAUAACAUAAAAUCAGUAAAUAAGAAAAACAUAACCUGUACCUGUGUUUUAAACCAGAAUGGAGGUAAUAUACCACCAUGGCUAACAACUCUGCUCCAGCAUCAAAACACAUGCAUACGCUGAUAAUAACUGACAAUUUUUUAGAAAAGAAAAAGGCUCAUAUGCAAUAGACCCCUUUUUUUAAAAAUCGGAAAGUUGCUAAGGGCAUAUUAAUAAAUUAUAAUUUGAAUCAUUAGUUCACUUUUGAA